CAGAGUAGCAAUCACAAUGGUUCGGUGAUGAACGGGAUCAAAAGGUGGUGUCAAAAAUUUUCAAGGCUGUAAUGCAGAUGCUGCAGCAACCUCCUUCUGAUCCGUUGACUCAGAACUACAUCACUGUGAACUUUGCAGGAUUUAAGAUGUGGAUUUCGAAGUACGCAAAUCUAGGGAACCUAGAGAAGCUAGAUUGUGAAACCCUACACAUUUAUGUGAAGAAGAUCGAGUUUGCUUGCAAUUACUUUGCUACGUCGAAGAACCUACCCGAACUAAGGAAGAAAGAUGUUAUGGCAGAGAUGGUUAUUCAUUGCUUACCUACUAGGAACCCAUACAUAGAGCUUAAGAACCGAUUUGAUGAUAUGCAUAUGGAAAAUGGCAUUCCCAAUUACUACAAGUAUGGUACUCCAGAUAGUAGAUGGAGAUAUGAUUUGGAGAUUAUGACCACGAUUAUAGAGCUUGCAGAGGAAUGUUUUGAUGAUGGUAAGACAGUGGAAAACAUCAACCUUACAGGAUUAAAUAAUGAUAUUGCCUAUUUAUUAAAACAUCAACAAUUGCCUAAUUAUUAAAGCUGUAAUUCCUCCUCUUGGGUCCCUUGACCCCCUCUCAGAUUCGUGGGACUUUCACUUUGAUCGUUUUCUUUGUUAUGUUGUUCUUUUUUAUUUAGUAAUUAACUACUACAGAUAGAAAUCUGUUAGGAUUUAAUCUCUUAGGAUAUUUGAUGACUUCUAGUCAUAUUAGUGUUCCUAAUUUUAUUAGGGCUCAUAUUGUAAUCCCUAUAUAUUUGAUCAAUGGAAUACACUUCAAUUGAAAGAG